CUGAACUCAUAACCCUGGGUUUAGCAGGCCAAUGCUCAAACCACUGAGCUAUCCCUUCCCCUUCAUUUUGUCCCACAUGAGUUUGUUCUCCCUUCCUUAUAAGCCCCUUUCUGACCUCAGCAAGGCUCAGCUCUCACUGUCAUAUCCAAGGCCGGAGAGGGGCUGCUUUCUCCCUCUGGCACGACCUGGUCUCCAAGCCAUGGGGCCACACUCCGAGCUGGUGUCCGUGAUGCUGCGAUGGCAUUAAACCGGCUUUAACUCCAUGGAAGCAAGCGCCAUUGCAUCCACUCACACCAGCUCUGAAUCUGGGGGUUGGUUUGCCUAUAGGACUCAUGUCACGGGCAAGCUGCUGCUCUACAGAGCUUAACUUCUUAAGGUCCUGAGCCUGGGUGGGGGGAGUGCCUGCUGAGGCCACAGGAUCAGGCCCCAAGGAGAAUACCAGAGCCACUCCCAUUGUACACAGCUGCUAAAGUAGGUCUGGUGGUUGGCUGUGCUGUGGGAGGCAGGCGGUGCGAUUGACUGUGAAGCCCUUAUGGUUUCCUGUGUGCUGACACAGAGCCUGUUUGCCUUCCCAUUGUUACUCACCCCACAACUCGAGCCUGCUUCUGUGAGAGGCCGUGGAAAUGUGCGGCAGCCGAGCUCUCUGACAGUGGGCACAGCAUUUCCACUCGCCACCCCGUCCCCGGAGCCGCGAGACCAGGGCCUCGAUGUGCCGGCCAGAAUGAUCUCCGUGUGAAGUGGAUUUCUGAAGUGGCUCCAGACCGUGGUGAAAGGAUGGCUGGGCCCCAUCUGCCCCCCUUCACUGCCGCCCUGGGACUGGCGUUACUUGGUGUCCUGGUCUUCCUCUCAGCCCUGUGUGCUGCCUGCAGAAGGAAAGCUAGGAAGAAGGUGGUCCCACCGGAUGGGGUGAAGCUGGUAGAUGUGUCGUUGCUGAGGCAGAUGCAGCUCCGAUCGCUCAGUAAAUCUGACACCAAACUGCAUGAGCUCAACAGGGUGAAGCGCACGGACGAGCACCAAAGACCAGCCAGCGUGGAUUUCCUUUACCCAUCAGGGUCUUUGGGGGAUGGAGAAGGAGCCGUGCAUAGCUCGAGCUUCAGCAUCCUGCUGCACCGAGAGCUGCCCCAGAUCCCCAAUUCCAACCCUUCGGCAGACGCCCUGAGUCCUGACCAGACCUACUCAAACGUGUCCUUCUUAGCCCCGCUGAAACCAGCCCCGGAGUCGCUGUACGAGUGUGCGGCCGUGACUCAGGAAGGGCCUCAACCAAUGCCCAUCUCGGGAACCCCAAUGGAGGCUUCCCCUCUAAGCGAGGAGGACAAGGCAGUGACGGCUGAGUACGCCUGUGUCCGCAAGGUGAAGAAGAAUUUCCAGCCAGAGCUCCAGGAUGAGACACAGGGCGAAUCCUCCGUGGGGCCUGCAGACCCAGAAGGCUGGGAAGGAGCUGCCUGUAACCCCGCAGCGGUGAAGGUAGAAGAAAUGUACUCGACUGUGUGCAAAGCUGGAAAGAAGAAGAAACACCAAGGCUCUGCUCUGUCCCCCUCUGAAGGAAUGGACACUGGGGAGACGGGCCAACGAGAACAGGGGUGGCCAGCCGCCCAUCUCAGACAUGUCAGGGUGGGGUAUCAGUCCACACCGGGCCGAGUCUCACUCACUGAGCCCUGCUAUGAGUCUAUCAAGGAUGGAUCCUGGACUGAGCAGGGCAGGAACCCAGCCCCAGAACCGGCCUACGAGGCAGUAGAUGUCAAUUGGAAAAAGCCCAAGAGAAGGGACAAGUCUUCCAAGAACUGCCCCACUGAGAACUUGUAUGAAAGUAUCAGUGAAAUGUGGGAAGGGGACCCUAGGAACACAGCUACCCUGGCAGCUCCCAAUGGGUUGGAGAUAUACGUAACAGACUUAUAACCCCUUAUGUAUAGCUGCCCCCUUCCUGGGAAGGUCUGUGCUCCUCCACCGAGACCUCCAGCUGUCUCAGAUCUCAGCCACAUGGCGAGGCACAACAAGAACAUCCAACACCACAACAGUAAAUACUAAAAACAUCAACCCGCUCUAAACCCUCCUGCCUCAGGUCUCAGGCCAACCUGUCACUAACGGGAGUUAAACUUUCCCUGCGGGCCACGUAUCCCAUGGCUCCUUCUGCAGAAUUCCUCUGAAGCAGCUGGUGCUGGGCACGGUCCGAGGCAGUUCGCUGGGCUCGGUGGACCUAUGGUGACCUGAAAACUACAGGCAAAAGAACUGAGUAAUUCUAAUGGGUGCCCACCAGGGUUUGGCAUUGCUUAGGGGUUGUGCCCAUUCUAGGGGGCACAGACACCCAGGUCGGGUGCCUCUCUUGCCUGAGUCUUCAUGCAGGGUCCAGUGAAGCUGGCCACAGAAACCUAGUUAACUCAGCUGCCCCUUUCCUUAAUAAAGAGGAAUCUCCCCUAUGUAUUUUAA